AGUUCUUGAUAAUAUUAUCAUCAUAAGUGAGGAUUAUCAAGGGCUCUAAAGCAAAGAGCCUUUCAUAAUCUUUUGCAACCUUCUUCUUCUUCUUCUCGAGUUUAUUCAAAUAUAGAAUCCAAUGCCAAAGUAUAAGAAAACAGAAUGGCAAGUAGGGGAUCCUCCCAUAAGCGUAGUAGGCGACCAAUUCUGUAAUCCAUACCCAAUGGAACUAAUGGUGAAGAGGAAAGUUAAAAAUUUAUCAAAAGAUCAUUACCAAGUGUUUGAUCCUAGUGGGAACGUUCUCUUGCAAAUUGAUGGACAAGCUUGGGGGUUUAACCGUAAAAGGGUUAUGCGUGAUCCUGCUGGUUUCACAGUCCUCACAAUGCGCCAAAAGGGGAUUAGGUUGAAGAGAAAAUGGGAAGUGCAUGGAGGAGAGAGCAAAGAGAAAGAAGACUUGCUGUUCACGGUACAGCAAUCGUCAGCCAUGUCGUUGAAAACAGCUGUGGAUGUUUUCUUGGCUGAGAAUAAUAACGUCAAGAAGAGCAGUACUUGUGAUUUUCAUGCUUCAGGUGGAUACUCUAAUAUCUCAUUCAAAGUUUUCAAAUCGGAUGCUCUCAUCGCUGGGGUAGGGGUCACGCAUAAGUUUACAUGGGGAAGUUAUUGCAAAGGGAAAUAUAACUUUAGGGUUAGUGUAAAUCCAGAAGUGGAUUAUGCUUUUAUCAUUGCUUUGCUUGUUAUGGUCGAUGACAUUGAGAAUUUGUGUUAAGAGUAUCUGCUUACUAUACUAUA